AUGGCCGACAACCAGCAGACCAGCAGCCUGCCCCUGCUGCAGACGCAGCCCAAGGCCAUCUUCUUCACCGACUUCGACGGCACGAUCACGCUGGACGACAGCAACGACUUCCUGACGGACAACCUCGGGUUCGGGAACGCGCUGCGGCGGCAGCUCAACUACGACGUCAUCUACGGGCGGCGGCCGUUCCGGGACACGUUCCAGGAGAUGAUGGACAGCGUGCGGACGCCGUUCGACCAGUGCGUCGACACGGUGCGCGAGCGCGUCGUCCUCGACCCGGCCUUCGUCCGCUUCUUCCACUGGUGCCGCGGCAACAACGUGCCCGUCGUCGUCCUCAGCGGCGGCAUGCGCCCCAUGAUCCGCGCCCUCCUCGCCCACCUCGUCGGCGAGGAGCUCGUCGACACCAUGCAGAUCGUCAGCAACGACGUCGCCGCCCGCCCCGGAAAGACCAUCAACGACGAGGGCGGCUGGACCAUCACCUUCCGCGAUGAUAGAAACGUGUACGGCUAUUUUCAGGUUUUGAGGCGUGAGAGCCAGCUUGCUGAAACGACAGUACAUAGCUCCUUCGGCCACGACAAGUCUCGCACGAUCAAGCCGUACUCCUCUCUGCCGGAGCGGCCCAUCCUGUUCUACGCUGGGGACGGUGUAUCCGACUUGUCCGCCGCCAAGGAAACCGAUUUGCUCUUUGCCAAAGCCAACUGCGAUCUCGUCACAUACUGCGAGCACGAGAAGGCGCCAUUUGUCACGUUUAACAACUUCUCCGAGAUCCACGAAACUGUCGCUUCUAUCCUAGACGGCAAGAUCAGCGUCAAGGAGGCUGCUGUUGGCAGAAAGUAG